GUCUGCCAACAUCAAUCUCUCACCAUCACUGGACCCUGCAAGUACUAACCAGGGCCGACCCACCAUUCCGUGAUGCCUGGAAGUUUCACUUCCGUCAACGUCGACCUGAUAAUCAUUUCCCUAUCAAAAGAGUUGAUGGCGAAGCAUCUGGACCCUUUUCUCAGAAAGGAGCCUUUUGUCUCGGUGUCCUUAGCUUCAUUAAAUACUUCUGUGGUGGUCCGAAGCAUUUGCCUCGUGGAUUUCGAUCUUCGUUCCGUGCACCGUCAAGCUGGCCCCUCGGUACAUGUCCCAAGGCUUUUGUUCUCCCUUGCGGCUUGCGGCAACGUUUCAUCAGGCUUCCAUGAAAGACCGUCUUGUUGUACAGUCGGUAGCGACCAUCAUCCCAGCUGCAGACCGAAGCAAUUAUGAUACUUGGACGAUUCGGGACUCGGAAGCCCUCACUAGGCGUCGAUGAUAUCC